AUGGGCAUGGAAGUCCAUGCACAGGUGCAACGGAGCUCCGAGUGGCAGAUUGGCAAAUGCAUCGACUCGCUGAAACUUAGGACAUUCCCUCAUGUGACUCAGGGAGGCCGGCCGGCUUCUCUGGGGAGGAAGCUUCUGAUGGACUCCCACCAUGCCCUGCUCAACCAGGGGGAGGACGAUGAGAUGGAGAUCUUUGGAUACAAGAGCCGGGGCCUCCGGAGGGCCCUGUGCCUGGCCGGCUACCUCCUCUCCUGCGGGGGCCUCCUGCUUCUCUUCCACUGGAAACCCGAGUGGGGCGUCUGGGCCAACUGCCAGCCCUGCAGCCUGGAAGAGGCCGAUGUGGUGCUGCUCCGGACCACGGAUGAGAGCAAGAGGCAGACUCGGAAGCAGGUGGUCAGCCUUGAUUUCCGGGCUCUCUGCGGCACCGAAAAGCCCGGCUGGAGCUUCAGCGGAGAGAAGCAUUCGGUCCUACGGAAAGCCAUCAAGAUGCCCGACAUGAAAGGGAGAUACAUCCAGGUACAAAAAAUACGCUACAUCUGGGAUUUCUCUGAGAAACGCUUUGUCCGAGUUGGGUCGCUUCAGGACAGCAACACCUGCUACCAAAUCCACCACCGAUUUGGGGAAGGGCUGGAGAGGAGGGAGAAGGCGCUCAGGAGCUCCGUCUGUGGCCCCAACUCCAUCGAGAUCGAAAUCCGCCCCAUCUGGAAACUGCUCUUCCGAGAGAUCCUGAACCCCUUCUACGUCUUCCAAUGCUUCACCCUGAUCCUCUGGUACACGCAAGGCUACGUGGAGUAUUCCUCGGCCAUCGUCAUCCUCUCCGUCAUCUCCAUCGGCCUCACCAUCUACGUCCUCCGGCAGCAAUCCGUCAAACUGCACAAUCUGGUGAAGGAGCACAACCAGGUGCAAGUCACCAUCUGGACGAAAGGCGAAGGGCGCUCCACCACGGAGUCCCGCCACUUAGUCCCCGGGGACCUCCUCCUCCUGGAAGGCCAGCGCUUCUCCCUGCCCUGUGACGCCAUCCUGCUGGAGGGAAGCUGCGUGGUCAACGAGGGGAUGCUCACAGGUGAGAGCGUCCCGGUCUCCAAGACCCCCCUGCCCCACUUCGACAACACCCUGCCCUGGAAGGUAUGCGGGAUGGGCGAUUAUCGGCGCCACGUCCUCUUCUGUGGCACGGAGGUCAUCCAGACCAGGCGGGCAGGCCCAGGGCCGGUCCGGGCGGUGGUUCUGCAAACAGGCUUCAACACCGCCAAGGGAGACCUGGUGAGGUCCAUCCUUUACCCCAAGCCCCUCAACUUCCAGCUCUACCAGCAAGCCUUCAAGUUCAUCGUGGGCCUGGCUGUGAUUGGCAUCCUGGGCAUGAUCUAUGCCAUCUGCGUGUACGUGAUCCAGAAGCAACCCGCCUCAGACACAGUGGCCAUGGCGCUCCUGCUGCUGACCAUCCCGGUGCCCCCCGUCAUCCCAGCGGCCUUGACCACCAGCAUCAUCUACGCCCAGCGGAGGCUGAGCAGGAAGAAGAUCUUCUGCAUCAGCCCCCAGAGGAUCAACAUCUGCGGCCAGAUCAACCUGGUCUGCUUUGAUAAGACAGGGACCCUGACCGAGGAUGGGCUGGACCUCUGGGGCGCCCUCCCUUGCCAAGGCCAGAGUUUCCAGAGCGUGCACAGCUUCUCGGGGGGCCCGUUGCCCUGGGGGCCCCUCUGCAGAGCCAUGGCGACCUGCCAUUCCCUUUUGCUGCUGGAUGGGAAGCUCCAGGGAGACCCGCUGGACCUGAAGAUGUUUGAGGGCACAAACUGGGAGAUGGAGGAGCACCGGCCGGCCGAGGGCACAGCCAGCCUCCCCGAGUCCUGCCUCCUUGUCAAGCCGGGCCCUGCUGCUUCCCCAGCGCCCGUGGAAGGAAUCCUAAUCCUGCACCAGUUUCCCUUCUCCUCCUCGCUGCUGAGGAUGUCGGUCAUCACGCAGGAGUCUGGGAAGAGCGGCUUUGAGCUCUCCAUGAAGGGAGCCCCCGAGACGGUGGCCAGCUUUUGCGACAAGAGGACCGUGCCAGCCGUCUUCCAGGCUGAGCUGAAGCACUUCACGGCUCAGGGCUACCGAGUCAUCGGCCUGGCCCACAAGGAGAUGGAGCUCCCCCAAGGAGUGGUCUUCAGUGACCUGGAGAGGGAGGAGCUGGAGUCCGGCCUGACCUUCCUGGGACUGCUGGUCAUGGAGAACCGCCUGAAGAGCGAGACCCGGCCGGUCCUGCAGGAGCUCAGCCAGGCCCGCAUCCGGAGCGUGAUGGUCACAGGAGACAAUCUCCAGACGGCCAUCACCGUGGCCAAGAGCUCUGGGAUGCUUCCCAGCACCGGCCAGGUGGUCCUGGUGGAAGCCCAGGAACCGGAGGAUUCCUGCCCAGCAUCCGUGACUUGGCAGCUGGUGGAGGAGGAGGAGUAAUUGAAGCCUGAUUUUCAGGACCCCCAUAUCACCCUGGAGGACCCCAGUGCAAGAGAGGAGGGCAACAACUUCCACUUCGUCUUGAGUGGGGCCUCUUACCAGGUGUUGUCCAAGCACUUCAGCAGCCUGCUGCCCAAGGUGCUUCUGAACGGAACGGUCUUCGCCCGCAUGUCUCCAUCGCAGAAGUCCAGCCUCGUGGAAGAGUUCCAGAAACUCGACUACUACGUGGGCAUGUGUGGGGACGGAGCCAACGACUGUGGGGCCCUGAAAAUGGCCCACGCCGGGAUCUCCCUCUCGGAGCAGGAGGCCUCCGUGGCUUCCCCCUUCACCUCCCAGAUCCCCAACAUCGAGUGCGUGCCAGCCCUGAUAAGGGAGGGCCGGGCUUCCCUGGUGGCCUCCUUCGCUGUCUUUAAAUACCUGACUCUCUACGGCCUGGUCCAGUUCAUCUCUACCAUCCUCCUGUAUUCGCAACUGCAGAUCCUGGGGAAUUACCAGUUCCUGAUCCAAGACAUCUGCAUCACCCUCGUGGUUUGCCUCACAAUGAACCUGACCCACGCCUACCCCAAACUGUCCCCCUACCGCCCCCCCGGACGGCUGCUCUCUCCGCCGCUGCUCCUCUCCGUCCUCUUCAACGUGGCCCUCAGCAUCCUGCUCCAGGUCUUCGCCUUCUUCUACGUGCAGCGGCAGGCUUGGUACUCGCGGCUGCGGGGCCACUGCGGGUGCCCUUUGGGAAACCAGACCAGCUGCCCAGGCAACGGGACGGCCAGUGCCACAGCGCAGGAGAGCCGCAUUCUGAGCUACGAGGCCACCACCCUGUGGCCCCUGGUGACCCUCAGCUGCAUCGCCUUCGCCUUCAUCUUCUCCAAGGGGAGACCCUUCCGGAAGCCCAUCUACACCAACUAUAUCUUCUCUGGCAUGCUGUGUCUCCAACUGGGGGUCUCCCUGUUCCUCUUCUUUGCCGACCUUGAGGGGGUCUAUCAGAGGAUGGAGCUUCUCUGCACCCCAACCCUCUGGAGGGUCUACGUCCUGAUUAUGCAGCUGGUCUUCUUCCUGGUCUCCUCCUUGGUGGAGGACGGCGUCCUGCAGAACCGGCGCCUGUGGCUGCUGAUCAAAGCGCUCUGCCGCUUCCGCUCCUCCAGCCGGUACCGGGUGUUGCAGCGGCAGCUGGAAAGGGAGGCGCUCUGGCCGCCCCUCCACGGGCGAGAGUGGGCGGACGGCAGCCCGGCCUGUCUCAACGCGGCUUUCGAGCCGGAGGAGCCCGCCGCCCACCCGGGAAGCCGCCCCCGGCCAGCCAGGCGCGGCUCCGUGCAGCCAGAAGGGAGCAGCCGCGGGGACUCUCCCGCCCAGCCCCGCAAGGAGAGCCGUUCCUGACCGCGCUGCUCGGACCUUUCCCCACGCGGAUGCGCCCUAGUCGGGGAGGGAGCGGCCCAAGGAGCCCGGAGGGGCCAAGACACGCGGGGCUCUUGAACUCCUUUGGCCUCGGUCCCCGCGCCGAGUCACUGCCGCAGGCUCCCCUCUGGGCGGGGAAGGGGUCUCGCAAGAAGAGACGGCCCCGCUGAGCGACUCUCGCUGGAUCCUCGCCGCGUCCUCUGCCUUGGGACGCCUCUCGCGGCUUCCCUCCUCCCCGCCCUCCCAGGGAAGCCGCCUCCCCCGCGGGGAGAGCGGAGGCUCGGCGGGCGCGCUCGUGGGGGGCCGAGG